AUGAAGAAAAUUAUGAAAAAUACUACAGUUAAAUAAGGACUGAAAUAGAGAAUCCUUAGAUAAAAAAUAGAUGUUUAAACAGAGUCAACUAUGGUUGCUAAGACUAGUUUAAUUUCUGAUAAUUGUAAACCUAGAUUAGAAUUCAUUAAAUAAAAAUGAUAGUUAAUUAUGUCUUUGAAUAGAAUUCAAUCAUAUAAUAUUGAUACAUUUGUUUAGUGAUUCAUAUAUAUUAUUAAAUUAAAUUAACAAUUUAGAAUUCAGUAAGAAUUUUAAGCACAAAAUACACAAAGAAUAGAAAACCAUUCAGUAUUUAACUGAUCAUUGUACAUAAACUAGAGCUGAUAGCAAUAAUUUUACAAUUAUAUCAACUUAUAGACAGCUAUUUAGGGCUGAACAUUAUGAUAAUAAUCAUAAAUCUAAGGAUUUUAAAUAAAUUAAGAGCAAAUCUUAAGCAAGUUAACUUAUAUGA